AAUUAAUAUGGCAAGUGGAUUUUACUAGAAGAUGAAAAGAGCAUCUUUGGAAAGACACGGAAGUUGGAUGCCGUAUUUCAAUUUAAUCACAUUAUUUUAUUUAUAAAAUGUAAAUAAUAAACUUGUUGAGAAUGACGAUGCUAACCAGCCAAUGUAUCACUGCACGCUUAAUUAUACCUAUCACCUCUUUUCUACUGCUCUUGGUUUUAUUGAUGGUAAUUUCUUCUCCUCCCAUUGAAUACGAAAAUCUCAAAUACUUUUGAUUUCAUAACGCAAAUUCUCGACAUCACAGUUUGAAGGAGAAACCAAGAGAGUUGCAAUUUUUCAAUACCUUCUCUUCUGCUAGUUUUGCCUAUUCCGGAAGUUUGUCGUAGUUCUCAUGGAAGCAACGCCGUUGGGGGUGGCGCAGCCGUAUAAUAUUAUUAAUUUGCAAUUGAAGCGGCGGAUUAUCGACAUGCACAGGCCUCGAUCAGUAGCCAAACACCCUCACAAUUUGGAUGCAUCAACCAAAACCUCCUACAACGAUAAUUGCUUCGAUCGUCUCGCCAUUAAUUAUCUCUCACAAAGCUUACAAUCCGCAUCAGGGAUGAGAAGCGGCAAGGAAGGUUACGAAGGACUGGUGGAAGCAGCAACAAUGGCGUCGCGAAGAUUCAAUUCAAUCCAACAGAAAGGAGUUGUUAUUGAUACGCUUAAAGCGGCACUCCCUGCUCCGCUUCUUCUUUUGAUAAAAAAAACGGCGCCACCGUCCAAAUUUUCAAGAGAGCUCUUUGCCGUCUUCACAACUAUUUUUUUCGCAUGGCUAAUUGGUCCUUGCCAGGUGAAAGAAUCAGAGUUUGAAGGUAGAAAAGAGAAUAAUGUUGUGUACGUGCCAAAAUGCAGGUUUCUUGAGGAGACAAAUUGUGUAGGAAUGUGCACUAAUCUUUGCAAGAUGCCUUCUCAAUUGUUCAUUAAGGACUCCCUUGGAAUGCCCAUCACUAUGGUCCCCAACUUUGAAGAUAUGAGCUGUGAAAUGAAAUUUGGUGUGGAGCCUCCUCCACAAUCCUUGGAUCCAGCGUUCACUCAGCCAUGCUACAAGCAAUGCAAGGCCAUUAAAAGAAACCACAACUGCGGAAGCUAAUGGGGAACGUGGCUGUUUCAUAUAAACUUCAAACCUAAAACAAUGUUUAUCACUCUUUUCUCUCACCUUUUGAUCCUUAUAACUCUGUAAACCUUUUUUUUUGCGUAUCGAUAUUUGAAAUUACUCUUCUA